AAAAAAUUGCACAAUCCUCACAAUCUUGGAGGUCAAUUGGGGUAAUAAAAGUAUGUGAGGAGACCAUUGAAACUUCAAGAACCAUUUUUCAGCAGGACUAUUUCGCGGUAUCUCUUCUCUCUCGAGUAUCACGACAGUGGUAGAAUAGAAUUAGGAAGGAAGGAUGCUCUCAGUGUUCAACAUGGGAGCUCAGCUUCAACCAAGAGUAAUAGGCCUUCCCAGAAGUCAAGGUGUAUUGGAUGUAGAAGUAUAUUCUACAAAUAGAGCACAACUGAGGACUUCCACCAGCAACAGAUUUAUGUGCACCUUAAAUCAGUCAACAGGAGUCUCGGCUCAAGCAGCGCAAACAGAAAGUAGGACUUUAGUCAAAAUGUGUGGAAUUACAUCAGCUAGAGAUGCUGCUCUUGCAGCAGAAGCUGGAGCCAAUUUUAUUGGUAUGAUCAUAUGGCCCAACUCAAAGCGCUCUGUUUCACUUUCUACUGCAAAGGAAAUCUCAAAGGUUGCGCGGGAAUAUGGAGCUCUUCCAGUUGGGGUGUUUGUAGAUGAUAAUGCUGACACAAUACUAAGGGCCUCUGAUGCAGCAAACCUUGAAUUGGUGCAGGUGAGGACUGUUAUCUUUCACCAUCUUGUAUCUAUUGUUUUCAAUACUCAAAAUCCACAACAUGUUCAAAUUGAGCAGCUUCAUGGAAAUGAUUCUCGAGAUGCUUUUCCAGUUUUAGUCAGGGAGAGACCUUUAGUAUACGUACUUCAUGCAGAUGAAGAGGGAGGCCUUUUGAACUCUAUCUCUAAUGAGGAGUCUUCUCUAGUUGAUUGGAUUCUAGUGGAUAGCGCGAAAGGUGGCAGUGGCAAAGGGUUCAACUGGGCUCAGUUUAAGCUACCAUCAAUUAGAAGCAAACACGGGUGGCUCUUGGCCGGAGGAAUCAACCCAGAGAAUGUUUGUGAAGCUCUUUCUGCUCUUAAACCCAAUGGAGUGGAUGUCAGUAGCGGCAUAUGUGGACAAGACGGCAUCAAAAAAGACGAAUCGCGGAUACAAUCAUUCAUGAAUGCAGUGAAAUCUUUACACCUUUAGUUGAUAUUGAAUAGCUACACUAUUGAGGCAAGUUUCCUAUUGCAGAUUGUUAAAUCAACUGCAAAUGUUGGUGUAGAUACCGUUUGUAAUUGCUCUGCUGAUUAGUGUAGGCUAAGACUAAUAGCUCUCUCAUGAUACAUCAGUUUUGUACUCUUAUGAAAACAUCAAUUUCUUUGUAAGAGUGCUACUUCCUUGAACAACUAAUAGAAAAUAUUUUCAAAACA